GCAACGGACGCCGGCUCUGGCCUCCCAGACCCUCCAGCGGGAAUGGCGCAGGAGGCGCGCCCCCCAACGGCAAGCUCCUGGGCUCUGAUGGAGAACUGGGUGGACACGUCCGAGGUCGAGGAGUGCUGGAAGAACCUGGAGAACCUCGAGUCCGCCAUCCAGCAAUUCCAGACCAACCCCAGACGUAACAUAUCAGAUGAUUUGAACGUUGGCUUUUUUAGCACAGACCAUGCUACUCAGACGGAUUACAGUGAAAUUUUGCCAUUAAAAGAGCUAAGCUUAUCUACACAAAAACUAGUGCAGACUAUUAGAUCUCUUCAGGUAGAUUUUGGGUUCCUAAAAGAAUUGCUUCAGUUGAAGUUUGAGGACCGGAUUAAAGAGGAGUCUUUCAAUCUCUUUGCUGUUCUACAUGACAGGAUUCUAACAGUUGAAAGACAUUAUCAACAGAAUGAAGAAUUAAUAAGAAAAUGCUGCCAUCAGCAGUUGGCAGAUGCCAUAGCUGUAGUCCGAGGAAUGUACAAGCAAUUCUUUGAAGCAGAAGAAGAGUAUCAUCCUUCUAUGCAAGACUUAACUACUGACAAAGUAAAUAUUUUGGCACUAAAACUGAAGGACCAGGAAGAAGUGAUUAAGAAAUUAAAAAAACAAUUGCAAGAUUAUGAAGAAGCUUUGGUAUUAGAGGCCGGCCCUGAAAAGGAAUGUUUGGAGUCCAAAGUGGAAAAUGAGAGGCUGCUUCAAGUCAUUGCAGAUCUCGAAGAAGCAGCCCAACUCAGUCAAAAAGAAAAUGCAUUAUUAGAAGAAGAAGUUAUGAAUCUGAAAGAGAUGGCAGAAAAGGAUCGUAGCACCAUUCAAAGGUUAACUGAGGGUAGAGAUAAAUUAAAGGCUGACCUUGAUGCUGAAAAAGUGUUAGUUCAAGAAAUGGUGCCUUCAGAAGGCUUUGACCUGAAGGGUGAAGAGAAACAUAAUAUGGAGAAGGAACUAGAAAUGUUAAAGGAAAAUUUAGAGAUUGAAAAAAAGUUGGCAGAAAGGUUUAGGAGGGAAUCAGACCGGAUAAACAAAUCAUGGGAAAAGAAAUUCCUUAUUCUCAAGAACAGUUUUCAUGUCCUUAAGAAUGAGAUGUUUACUAGGCACACAUUGUACCGUCAGUUUGCAGUGGUCGCUGAUACAUCCUUUAAUUAUGUGAAAUUAAAGCCUUUAUUUGUGCAGUCUAAAACGAACUUGGCAAUAGAUUCUACAUCUUCUGGAAGUGAUAAUCCUUCGUAUGCCACAAAGCUCAUCAUUCUGAAUAUGAAUCAGCAUUGCACAGAAGGCAUAGGUGACAAUGUUCAGACCAAUGGCCUCUGA